AUGAGACAAAAACGGCAGAACGAAGUCUACGCAGUCGAGGUAGUGGUGGCUAUUGACCCACCUUUGUGGCAGAAAUUUUACACGGACACGGCGGCUACUGGCGAAAUGUCCCGAGAUGCGGCGACAGAGUACAAACUUCGGGAACAUUUCUCGCAGAUAAUAAAUGGCGUUAGCUUGCGAUAUGAAAGUAUUGAUUCUAACGAACUGAACAUUUACGUUACGGUUACUGCCUUCCUGCUGUACAAGACUAUCGACUCCACAAAUCCGCUACCUCCGUCGACAAAGAUUAAAACGUUUGUCGGCUACGAAUAUGAAUAUGUUGACAGCAGCGUCUACUUAUCUUCUCUACCGUCGUGGCUGAGUAACCUGUCGGGUCUUCCAGACAAUGAUCACGUCAUGGUUUUCACAUGGUAUGACCUCUACGCCAAGGGAGAUGUCUCUAACACUGGGGUGAUUGGCAUCACCUAUUCAAGUAGCGCGUGCUAUAACAAUCGAGUGUCAGUCAAUGAAGUAAUCGUCAGCCUCUUUACCACCAUAUCAGUGGCCGCCCAUGAACUGGGACACAAUCUCGGCGCUGGCCACGAUGGCAACACUGAUUACGAAGUGACCGCCGCAUGCCCAGCUUCCUCCAAGUUCAUUAUGACAUCCGGGGUGAACCAGAUCUACCAUGGAGAGCCCUUUACACAGAAUCCCUGGCGCUUUUCGCCAUGCUCUGUCAAGCAGUUUAAAGAUUUUAUCCAGAGCCUUGAUAAGGACGGAAAGAAUUGCUUGCUUGACAGAGGGGAUUACUACAAUGGCGACGAGUUGAACAUCUUCGUCUCACGAUUGCCAGGAGAACAACAAACCGCGGACGAACAGUGCAAGAAGAUUUUUGGCAAUGAAUCCGGACUUGGGUGUGGAUGGACCAACCACCAUCACGACACGACCAACCAUCACGACACGGCCAACCACCACCACACAACCAACCAUCACGACACGACCAACUACCACCACAUGACCAACCAUCACCACACGACCAACCAUCACGACACGUCCAACCACCACCACACAACCAACCAUCACAACAUGACCAACAACAACCACACGACCAACCACCACCACACGACCAACGACCACGACACGACUAACAUCCACCACACAACCAACCACCACCACAGACCAGCCACCAUCACGACACGACCAACCACCACCAUACGACCAACCAUCACGACAUGA